AUGGAAUGCGAAAUGAUGAAAGAACUGGACGCAAUAAAAGGUUUUUUUAUCACGAAAAACACAGAAUUUUUGUUGUUCAGAGGAAGGCGAGCUGACAGAUUACGACGACUUGUCGGAUUUCUCCCGUACGAAUGAUAUUUUUUUGAAUCUUUAGAUCAUGUUCCUUUUUCAGUGAGUCCCUGCAGACCGAAGGAAGAACCAGAUGAAGCCUUCGAAGAAUUCAACAAUAUGUUUGAAAAUCCUGCCAAGGAACCGAAAAUUGAGGAAGAUUAUUUUCCAAUGUCAGCCCCUCUCGUCGAUUUGAAAAUGGUCAAAGUUGCGGAAGGUGAUUUUGAAAUCGUGAAAUUUCGAAGCUAGCAUACAAUAUAAAUAUAUUUCUUGACAAGUAUUUUUUUUCCAGAGAAGAGAGACGCGCUCGCGGAUUUUGAAGAGAUGAACCGCAUUCUGUGGACAAUUGAGACAAGUGAUUUUUUUAAACAAUUUUUGCUUUUUUUGUGUAACUUUUUCUGGUGAAACCAUUUCUCUUGUGGAUUCUCCAUUUCUAAAUAAAGAUUUAUGAAGUUUUUUUCGCUAUUUAUUCGAAUUUUUUUGUAGAAAUCGAUUCUCAAAAUAAUAAUUUCGUGCUCAAAAUGGUUUCGCGAAAUUCAAAAUAGCCGUUAGAGAGCGAAAAAGAUAACUAAAUUUUUGGAGAGUCAAAUAUGAUUUUGAGUUUCGCGAAAAUUACAUUGAACACGUCUUCAGAUAAUUGCAGAAAUCAUAUAAGUAACAUUUUUUUUCCAGGCCCUCUCGACGACUUGAGGGAUCUACAUAAGGCCAUGGCAACUCUUUCUCGUGGUAAUUUAAUGAGUUUAAUAAUGCCGAAAUAUUGCUCGAAAUAGUUUUGCGAACCGCCAUAAAAUGAAAAAGACACCUGAAAAUUUGGAAAUUCAGAGAUAAUUUAAAAUUUAGUGGAAUUAUUCUGAACAAGGCUUGAGGGGCAGUUUUUGAAAAGCCGGUUGAAAAUGGGACGUUUUGUAAAUUUUUUAUUUCGAAUCUUUCCCGGGAAGCUUUUUCUCUUCAUUUCGAAAAAAAUUCGCUAGGAAAAAUUAAUUAAUUAUAAAGAAAAAAAUAUGGAAUUUGGCUUUUUUUAUCUCUCUCUUCCAAGUUUAUAUCAUUUUUUUGUUGGUUCAUCGCUACACAGAAAUUUUUUUCCGGAUGAUAAGUUGAUUCCAGAAUAAAUAGGAUUAAAAUCUAUAGAAUCUUCUAUAGUCCAGUUAGCGAUUUUUUCAGAAUUUGAUAUUCUUUUGAGUUCUCCAAGUUUUUAGUGAUAUUUUUGUACAUAGGAGAUCAAGCCUUCGAUAUUUUGAGUGUUCAAAAGCGGAAAAGUUCCCCACGAGAUAAAAUAACGCUACAAGUCAAUCUUCUCCUUGAUACUUUCAUGAAUUUUCUCUCUUAAAAGAGUUUUUGAAUUGACUUUAUUAAUUUGAACGCCAGGGACAAUGUUUAAAAGUACUUAGGUGGAAGCUUUUAUCAUAAACAAGUUUUCUAAAAGCCUUCCCAGCGCAUUUUCUCUACAGGAAAGGCAUUUUUCAAGAAUGUUUUUGAAAGAAGAAACUCCAGAAAAGAACGGAUAAAAAGGUCUUUUUUCUUGAAAAGACGAGAAAAAGAAGCUUGGAACAGACUUUUUUGUCAGAUUUUUAAGAGCCCAAGGGUUUAUUUUCUUUCUUAAGCUCCAAGGACCUUGGCCAUCGUGUGAAUUUUAUUAAACACUGACAAUUUCGAAAAGAAGACAGGAAAAUGAUAUUUUUUUUCUUGCAGAAGUCGAGAGAGAAAUGUUCAAUAAAAGUUUCGAUCCUUCCGCAAGGAUGGCGGUCAACGCCAAACUCAGAAGGAAGCUCCAAAAACUCCGCUUGGUCACACGUUUUCAGAACCAAAUGGAGCAAAUCGACGAGGUUUUCAGUGAGUUUCUGACUCGAUGAAUUAACAAGCAAAGUGUGUGAGGUGAGCAUGGCAGAUCUGGCCCAAACUUUUGAGGUAGGUAGUCCUAGGUAUGAGUAUUCGAAAACGAAAAGAAUUAUAUGCUUAGCACCAUAGGGUACUGAGAAAUAGCCUGUCGAAAGUGUACGGAAAAAUCUCAAAAACCAUUCGAGACUUUUUCUCCGUAAAGUGUCGUGUGUCGUGUGCAUACACUGCGCCGAUUUCGCACAGAAAAUUGCGUUUAUGCACUAAGAAUAACUGCCAAGAUAAACGCGAGACACUGGCGGUACAUUGACGAGCUCGCAAACAUCUCGCUUUUUUUCUCGCGCCAGUCUCGCAUUUUUCUGGGCGCCAGCUCGCACUUUUCUAGGCGUGAGCUCGCAUUUCUCUCGCAAUUUGAAAAUUUCCGAAAUGCAAUAUAUAUGCGAGGUCGCGCCGAGAAAAAUGCGAGGUCGCGCCGAGAGAAAUGUGAGAUCGCGCCUAGAAAAAAGCGACAUUUUUGCGAGUUUGUCAAUGUACCGCCACCGACCUCGCGUUUAUCUCGUCAGUUAUUCUAAGUGUGUAGAGGAUUUUCGAUUCGUCUUAAAGACCUCGGGGAAUACGGCGGCCUGCGCCUUUAAUAAGCCCUGUUAUUUACGCUCUUAGAACUCUGCCGUUCCUAUGACGUCACGUGGGAACGGUAGACAUUUUGGAUUCGCCCACCGUGUUUUUGGCUCCGCUUUUUCUCCCACUAACAAAAACGCCUUCUUCGGGUUUUCGAUUUCCGAAACAUCUACUGCUAUUUACUAUACUCUAACUAGGGAACUACUCGGACUCGGGUACGCAUUUCGAGUUGAAACUUUAGUAGCUUAUAGACCCGGGUAAGAGUACUUGGAAACAAGAGAGAUUAUCUGCUGAACCCCAUAAGCUCCUGAGAAAAAAAGCUUUUUGAAUAUGAACAUUUUAGGCUUGAAAAAUUAUCAAAUUUUUUUGCUUUCUUUCUUCUUUUGGGCUGGAAAAAAAGUUUUUUUAGAGUUUAUCAUAGCCGGAUAAUCCAAGGCGAUUGUAUUAAAAUAUAAAAAUAAGGUAAAAAAAGCAGUAUUCUAAAAAAAUUUUUCAAAGCCUAAUUUUCACAUUUUCUACUAAUUUUUUUCUCAGUUGUCUAUCGGGUUUAGCAGAUAUUCUCACUUGUUUUCAAGUAUUCUCACUUAGGUCUAUAAACCAUUAAAGUUUCAACUCGAUCCGCGUACCCGAGUCCGAGUAGUUCCCUAGUAAGAAAAACGAGAAAGAGACUUUUUUCACAAAAAAAAACCCAAAGAGAAUUCGCCUUUGAGCUCUUCCUGUACAUUUCCGAUAGGAUGUUUCCCAGUUCCCUAUGGAGUUUGAUUUUUUUUAAAAGUUCCCUAGUGAACCAUAUCGGAGGUACUCGAGGGUCAAGUCCAUCGCAUUUCGCUGUAACUGCUCAGAGGUAUACCCGUGGUACCAUGUAUUCCAAAAGUCCGCCUUUAGAGUCUAGAGACUCCCUCCAGAUACAAUUCUAAAGGUUGGCGUAUUGGACCUUCCUGUUUGGGAUGUCAGCUGCUUGACACAGGGAAAUACAGGCAGGCAGGAGUUAAGGAGAGAUAGAGGGGACACGCGGAACCAGCAACCCACCAACUGAGGAACGCGGGGGCGUGGUCGAAGGUUCUCCUAUCGCUGGGCUGGUACACAUGGUUAGACUUCAGACCCUGCGAAACACCCCAAAGGGUCUCGAAAUACCCUUUCUCGAUUCGUCUAUGGAGAUUGUCUUCUUGAUUCCCUCUCAUUUCAUUGAUCAUUUCGUUGAUUAUCCAAUUUCACCCGUCAUUCCUAGGUUUCAAAGUUGCUAUGAAUAGAAAUGAUGUGAGAAUAUGAGUGGUCGAUUAAAGGUUUGACACUUUCACAAAAAUAUAACUUUAAUAGAUAGUUUAUUCACUGCCAUUAUUUAACAUAAAAAAAUAAUUGAAGAAUAGAUGAUCAAGUGAAGGAAUAGGCAGAGAAAUUAAACUUUCGUUGUGAUCUCUGUUGUGUUGCUUGUUUUCCGAGGCGUUUUUCAAAUCCUUUGAAGUAACUAAAAAAGCUUCAACGAUUUAUGAUUAGGAAUCUCUGGGAAUCUGCUACCAUAAAUGAGUUAUUACAAGGCUAUUUUAAAUCUGUUUUUAAAGGCAUUUGGAGGCUUUGCGAAAAGUUAUGGCCAAGAAACUAUUUUUAAAUUUCUUCGUGGUUAGUUAUUCAUGCAAAAAUGGCGAAAUUUCGAUUUCUUUCAGAUUCAGAAGGUCUUGAAGUACACUCAAGUUGAGAAAAUCGGUGGUAUGAAAAAAACACCAGCGAAAAUUCAAACGGCGACUUUUCCGAUUUUUUCGUAUCGCUAGGGAACUUUCCGACGGCCACCUUUCCGACGAAUCCCUUUCCGACUUUUUUCCCUCAAGUUUUUCGGUUUAUAAAACAUCUAUUAACAUCCUAUUUCUUUUGUGUUUUUAAUCAUGAAACAACUACCUACUUUAUAUAGGAAGAUUUAAAACGAAGAUUUUAUCGAGGAAAAAAGUCGGAAAAAGAUUCGUCGGAAAGGUGGCCGUCGGAAUGUUCUCUAGCGAAAUGAAAAAAUCGGAAAAUUCGCCGUUUGAAUUUUCGCUGGUGUUUUUUUCAUACCACCAGAAAAUCUGAGAAAUAGAAAUGUACUGAAAAGGCUGAAAAACUGAUUUUCUUUGGUUUUUCUACUUCUAAAGCGUCUAUUGUUAUUCACUAUACCACCAUACAUGGGAUAAGCAUGACUGGCGACAGUCCCAGGCUCCACUCCCUUCACUCAAUGCCAACCCCCCGUGCUCGAAAAAAAAAUUUUUGGCAUCGAAUUAGUCUAGUUCGAUGUCGCUGAAUCCGAUAAUAAAAAGCGUUUUUUUGAUCACUUUUGACCUAGAAAAAGCUUCUGCCAGUCAAUUGAACUUUACAAAAUGAAUUUUUUAAAAAAGUUUUUGCCAGCCCCUUUCUCGUUUUUUUGCCAAGUCCCCUCCUCUUUUUCAGCUCCCACCGAGACUAUCCCAUGUACGUAUACCAUUAGAAGCACGAGAAAAGAACUUUUUCCACAAAAAACUCAAUGAUAGUUCGUUUUUGAGUUUGUUCUGUACUUUUUCGAUAGGCUAUUUCUCAGAACCCUAUGGGGCUUAGCAGAUAAAUCUUUUGGUUUUUGAAUACUCUUACCUAGAACUACCUACCAGAGAAGUUUGAACCAGAUAUGCCAUUUUCACUUCAGACACAUCCUUCGUAAAUAAUAAUCACUUCUUUUUUCCAGACUCCUUGUUCGCUAAGUUGAGUUUCGAAGAGCCAAUGGUAACGGAAGUUGUAAUGGAACCCCAACCCAGCCGCGAGUGUGAGUGAAAUUCGCAUUUUUUAGGAACUGUUUUUUCUUUCUAGUACUUGCAAGGAAGGAGCUUGAUUUGUUUGAAAUAUUAUUUAUUUGAGCAAAAACUAUUUUGAUCUCAUUCUUUCAUCCUUUAUUUUUGAAUCCCGCAGAUGUGUUCGUAGUCUGUUUAUAUUCCUUUUACGCGAAUCUCGCGGCUACGGUAUCUUUCGCGUUGAUACUUCAGCGCGCGGCCCGAUGAUCCUUUAAUAGCGCUGAUUUUUUUAAUUUUUCAACCUGUUUAAAAAGAUUGAAAAGUGUAGUGGUGAAGCUGCAUCGAUUUUUCCCUCUUGUAGGACAAUGGUCCUUUGAUAGCGCUGUCCUUUUUAAACCUUUUUUCAAUCUGUUAUUAAAGGAUCAUCCUCGAGUGCGAUAAAGUGUCGACGCGAUGGAUACUGUAGCUAUGGAGGCACAGUUAGCUUCUUGACAUUGAAUACAUACGGUCUAUCACCAGGGGGUGAAAAAGUUUCUGAGUGACAGAAAAUUUUCAAAAUAAACACGGCAUAUAUUUUUUUUUUAGACAGAAUGGCAAGUUUCACUGAGUAGUUGAACCAUGCGCCUUUAAUUUGAACUAUGCUCCUUUAAUAAGAGCCCGAUUUCAUUGAGUUCGUUUUCUGUUGCAUUUUGUCGAUAUACGGAGAAUCUGAAACCAAAUCUAAGGAAUGUAACAAAAAUAGAUGCGAAUGAGAUGUGGAUAGUUCGAGAAAUUGAGCUCUUAUUAAAGGCGCAUAGAGGAUCGCCGCGAUCUACUUUGACACGCAAGUUGAAAUCGACUAUAUAGCCGGUUCACAGACAGAUCGGGACUCCUUCCUCCUCCAGACACUGCCUCUUUUAUUAUCGUGUCAGGACCCUUUUUCCGAUGGCUUUAGCAAGUCGUGAAUCUACUAUAAUCAUUCCUUUUUUUAGUUGACAAAUUCGCGAUCCGGUCGGUAAAGGAGAGAAGUCCGUCGGGAUGUCGGAUCCGAAGACCGGCAAUCAAGCUUCGACCUGAACAAAAGAAGAAGUCGACUCGACCGAAGCGCUUGAAUUCCCGGCGUCGCGUUCGUAAUUACUUCCGAAAGAUGGAAGGUAAUUUGGCCCAACGACCUGAAUAA